AUGUUGACAUGUAACAGAGCCGGCGGCAGGAUGGUGGUUGACGCAGCCAAUUCCAACGGGCCCUUCCAGCCCGUGGCCCUCUUGCACAUCAGAGAUGUUCCUCCUGCUGAUCAAGAAAAGCUUUUUAUCCAGAAGUUGCGACAAUGCUGUGUUCUUUUUGACUUUGUUUCUGAUCCACUAAGUGACCUAAAGUGGAAGGAAGUAAAACGAGCAGCUUUAAGUGAAAUGGUAGAAUAUAUCACACACAAUCGCAAUGUGAUUACAGAGCCUAUUUACCCAGAAGUAGUACAUAUG